AUGAAUGCAAUUAAACAAAAGCUAGUUUUCAAUGAAAUAUUAAAUGAAUUAAGAAAUACAUUUCGAAAUCAAUUAAUAACUUCUAUUGAAGAUUUAUCAAAUGAAAUUUUAUAUGAAAUAUUUGAUUAUUUCGAUGGUGGUGAAAUAGUUAAAACAUUUUCUAAACUUAAUUCUCGUUUUGAACAACUUCUUUAUUCUUCAUCAAUUUUAAUUAAAACACAUUUUUAUUUGUUUUAUUAUGAAAAAAUGAUAAAUAAACAUCAUGAAUUAGAAAUAUUCUCAAAUAAAUUAUGUUCUAAUUUAAAAAUCUUAUUUAUUAAUUGUUCAGAAAAUAUCAUUCUUCUUGAUGCUCAUCGAUGGGAACAAUUUAUUUCAUAUUAUUAUCCUAAAUUAGAAAAAUUUUAUUUUACAUAUUAUUAUCAUAUUGAUAUUAAUAAACAAUAUGAAAUAUAUUCUGAACGAAUAAAUCAAUUUUUUUCAACAUUUUGGAUUGAACGAAAAUGGAUAUUUAAUAUUAAAAUUGAUAAUGAAGAUAUUAAAUAUAUCAUUUAUCCAUACAAAAAACGAUGGUAUGAUUAUAUAGAUGAUAAUAAUAUUGAAUAUUCAACAUCAACUAGUUUAAUAUUGACUAAUUUUAUUAUUCCUUCAUAUGAUGAAAUUAUAUUCGAACAAAUAAAACGUAUUAUAACUAUACAACAAAUUUAUCAUUUAAAUAUUGAAAAAUCUAUCUUCUUGGGUGUGUUAAUUCAAUUGGUAAAUAAAUUGCCAUUUCUAAUAACAUUAAAACUUGACUCAUUAUCAUACAAGGGAAAAAUUAAAUUAAAUUAUAGAGACUUUUCACGUAUUGUUACAAUUAAAAAUCCAAUUAAAAUUACAAAAGUUUAUAUUAAACAAAUCAAUGUUAUUAACGAUUUUUAUAAUAUCGCAACAGUUUGUCCUCGUAUGGUAUAUUUUGAAACGAAAUAUAUAAAUAAUAUAGAUAUUCAAUCGUUUUUACGAAAUAUCUUCAAUACAAAUAAUGAUCAUAGUAAUUGUCUUCGUUCUUUAAUUUUUGAUAUUCCAACAACGAAUGAUGAAAUCAUUAAAAAUUUCGAUACGAUAAUUCGUUCAGAAAAAUGA